AAGGUUAUAAGCAAAGUUGCUCACCAAGAUGCUGUGCCACCUCCAGGACUAGCCUGGAGUCACGGCCUGCAACUUCCAGGGCGUUGAGGAUGGGAGGAAGGCCUUCAUCGAACUGGACGUCGACGACGGCACCGAUGACAGCCACAAUACGCCCGUGAGCUGUGACGGCAGCGGCGGCAGGUGCGACAUAAUCUCUGCCUGUGAAGUAAUGCAGACAGUCUUUGCAAUUAGCUCAGCGCCAUACAUGUGUGCAACAGUCAUGACCUUGCUUUGCCAGUGGUAACGUUAUUGCAUUCGUCUUUAAUAUACCACCCUGCAGGCUGAGCGGGCAGACAACUGCGUGUCUGGCCGCUCCGUCUCAAUGUCAAGGGAUUGUUGUAGGCCAAACUGCGAAUCAGCUUUUAAAAAACACUCCUGAAUUAAUCGGGUGACGCCCUCUAACAAAACAUUGAGCGACCUUGUGAGAAAUAAAAGUCGAUUUUGAUCAGUACAGAGUCCAACAAGUCAUUUCCCCAACAUCAUAACGUUUAGGUAGAAAGGCUGACAGAUGAAUGAAGUGUACUUCAAGCUAAAGCUGCUAACGUCACUGCAAUAACGACAGACGCAGGACACUCAAUGGCAAGAAGGGAGGUCAUGGUCCCAUCAAUGCACUGGUUACUGCUACUGUGGGGACUUCAAGGUCUUUGGGCACAGGACUAUGAAGAAGACUAUGAAGAAGAGGUAGUGGCCACCAAGAAGAAGAGCAAACAAUAUCCCUCCAAUUCCAUACCACAAAAUGGCAAAUCGCUCAUUGAUGAAGAUUGCAGCAUGGAGUUGGCCUUCCUGAUCGACAGCUCAGAGAGCGCCAAGGACAACCAUGCCCAGGAGAAGCGUUUUGCCUCAGACGUGUUGGACCGGUUGCAGGGCCUCCGGCUGCAGACUGGCCGGGGGCUCAGCUCCCGUGCAGCCCUUCUUCAGUACAGCAGCCAUGUCAUCAUAGAGCAGACCUUCAAAGAGUGGAGGGGCACGGAUGACUUCAAGGCUAGAAUUGCUCCCAUUGCGUAUAUUGGUCACGGCACCUACACCACCUACGCCAUCACCAACCUCACCCGUAUUUACCUGGAGGAGUCAGAUCCGAGGAGCAUCAAGGUGGCCAUUCUGCUCUUCGACGGAAUCUCGCACCCCAGGAACCCCGAUAUAUUUUCAGCUGUGGCUGAUGCCAAGAACCAGGGCAUCCGCUUCUUCACCAUAGGCAUCACACCUGAAGCCAACGAGCAGGCUAACAUAGCUCAGCUGCGGCUAAUUGCUAACUCCCCAGCCUCACGCUACCUGCACAACCUGCAGGAUAGAGGCAUUGUGGAGAAAGUCAUAAAGGAGAUUACGGCACUGGCAGAUGAAGGGUGUCCUAUGGCCCAGAGCAAGUGUGCCUGUGACAAGGGUGAGAGGGGACCCAGCGGUCCUGCUGGCAAGAAGGGUCGUCCUGGAGAAGACGGAAGACCCGGCCCAAAGGGACAAAAGGGUGAGAGUGGGCUCAGUGGAUUUCCGGGUCGGGAAGGAGCAGAGGGAAAACCAGGAUACAAAGGAGAGAAGGGAGAGAGAGGGGAGUGUGGCACACCUGGAAUUAAGGGAGACAGAGGUCCUGAAGGUGCCAUUGGCCCAAGAGGAAAUCGUGGACUGCAGGGUUUGCCUGGUCCACUUGGCGAUAUCGGACCUGAAGGUGCAAUGGGUAAAAAAGGGGAAAGGGGACUUCCUGGGCCACCUGGAAUCCAAGGAGAAACAGGGAUCGGCCUUCCAGGAUCCAAGGGUGAUGUCGGUAUUCAGGGGCAACCAGGGCCUCCCGGUCCUCCGGGACUUGGCGAGUCUGGACCACCGGGGCCUCAAGGACCACAGGGAGUCCAAGGAGAGAGGGGACUGAUAGGAGAAGGUCUUCCUGGGCCGAAGGGAGAGCGAGGCUUGGAGGGGCAGCGGGGGCCCAGAGGACAGCCGGGCGCUGGAAUCAAAGGAGACAAGGGGGAUUUUGGUCCUCCAGGUCUUCCAGGGCCCCUCGGCCUCCCAGGAGUAGGCAUACAGGGUGAGAAGGGCAUGGAAGGACCAAGGGGGCCACCAGGGAGCAGAGGCCCACAAGGAGAGGGUAUGCCUGGACCCAAGGGGGACCAAGGUUUGCCAGGAGAGGUUGGCAACCCAGGAGAGAGAGGGGCUGGAGAACCUGGAGCUAAGGGUGAGCCAGGAUCACCGGGAAUGUCUGGUUUGCCGGGCCUGCCAGGGGAGGAUGGAGCCCCAGGACAGAAGGGUGAACCAGGAGCUGUAGGUCACAGGGGCCUAGAGGGGGCACCUGGAAUUGGCAUCCAGGGUGAAAAGGGCGACCAAGGCCAAAGAGGAAUCAGGGGCCUGACAGGUCCACCUGGCAUUGCUGGACCCUCAGGACCAAAGGGAGAACCAGGGGCACAAGGCAGGGGGGGUAUACCUGGUCCACCAGGCCGUUUCAUCGUCGGGCCCAAGGGUGAUCUUGGUCCAAGUGGUCCUCCUGGUCCGAGUGGGGAGACUGGCUACGGACUUCCUGGUCCAAAGGGAGACCGUGGAGACCCAGGACCCGCAGGUCCAUUCGGUCCCAAAGGAGACGGCUAUCCCGGCCCCACUGGCCCUCCUGGUCUGCCUGGACUUCCAGGAGAACCCGGCCUGGAAGGAGUGGGCAUCCCUGGACCAAAGGGGGAUAUUGGUUUCCGAGGGUUGCCUGGUUUACCAGGUCCUCCGGGCGAAGGCCUCCAAGGACCUCUGGGUAACCCUGGGCGGCCUGGCCCUCCAGGGCCAACAGGCCCACAAGGACAAGGAAUUCAAGGACCAAAGGGUGAACAGGGGGCCCAGGGCGUGACAGGGCCGAGGGGGCUACCAGGAGAAGGCUUUCCUGGAGCUAAAGGUGACCGUGGCUCGGCAGGGGAGAGGGGGCUAAAGGGAGUCAAAGGAGAGCUGGGAGAUCCUGGAACCUCCGGGCAACCUGGCCGACCUGGGGUCAAAGGAGAAGCAGGCCUCACUAGAGAGGACAUCAUUCGAAUGAUCAAAGAGAUCUGUGGAUGUGGGAUCAAGUGUAAGGAGAGGCCAAUGGAGCUGGUGUUUGUCAUUGACAGCUCAGAGAGCGUGGGCCCAGAGAACUUUGAGAUCAUCAAGGACUUUGUAAACGCUCUAGUGGACCGAGUCACCGUAGGCCGCAACGCCACCAGGAUUGGCCUGGUGCUGUAUAGCCUGGAGGUGAAGCUGGUGUUCAACUUGGCCCGCUACGUCACCAAACAGGACAUCAAGCAGGCCAUCAGGAACAUCCCAUACAUGGGAGAGGGCACCUAUACCGGUACAGCCAUCCGUAAAGCAACCCAGGAGGCCUUCUACAGUUCCCGCCUGGGAGUCAGCAAAGUGGCCAUCGUGAUCACUGACGGGCAGACGGACAAGAGAGAGUCAGUGAAGCUGGAUAUAGCGGUACGAGAAGCACAUGCCGCCAAUAUUGAGAUGUUUGCUCUGGGGAUUGUGAACACCACAGACCCAACACAGGCUGAGUUCAUGAGAGAGCUGAAUCUGAUCGCCUCUGACCCAGACGCCGAGCACAUGUUCCUCAUUGAUGACUUCAACACCUUACCGGCUCUGGAGUCCAAGUUGGUCAGCCAGUUCUGUGAGGACGAGAACGGAGCCCUGAUAUAUAACAGAAUAACUAACGGGUACAACGGCUAUGGAAACAAUGGCUACAGGAAUGGCGUCAAUGGGAACUUUGUCAUCGGUGGCCAUGGCUACCGCCCUGCUACUGAGCAGGAAACACUGAACGGCCGCCAGACUGGCAUCAACACUGGCGGCAACACUCACAGCCAUGGAGGCCGUGUAGAAACAACACAGCAAGGCUCCAGCACAGGACAUGGAGGAGGAGGGCAGCAGGUGUACACUGAGACCACACGCGGGGACACAUUUAACCCUAACCCCUCAGGUGUCAGACCAGUCCCACCUUCCACUCCUUCCAGAGAGGACUCGUCCAGUAGCAAAGAGUCCUCCUCAUCUUCAUCAUCUUCAUCUUCUACAAAUAUAACAACAUCAUCCUCAGGUGUAUCUGUACACUAUGUGCCUGCUCCAAGGCCAGCUCUUCCCAAAGAGACUGUACCAUUGGACCCUCGUUGUGUCUUGAUUCUGGACCAGGGCACAUGUCGGGACUACAACAUCCGCUGGUACUAUGACAAGCAGGCUAACGCCUGCGCCCAGUUCUGGUACGGAGGGUGUAACGGCAACGAGAACCGCUUUGACACAGAGGAGGAGUGCAAGAGGACGUGUGUGAUCGCCAGAUCCACCGGGGGCUGAGUGAAGGCAUCUGCCAUACAUCUGCUGUAGAUGCUUCAAGGAGGGGCAGCUAAUACCAGCCAUUUUUCACAGGGUUAUGUAACGUUACAGCAUAAUUCUCAGGCAUAUACGUAUACAGAAUAUACGUACACUGAUGUUCCAUAUCACUGUCACAUUUCACUUCCUGUCUUUGUGCCCCCUCCUGUAGCACUUAUUGUAAAAUGAUCCUGCUCGAAUUACAGUGAAAGAGAGCCUAGCUUUGAAAGAUACCUCCAUUGUUUUGUUGUUGUUUUUUAUAUCAUCAUCUAACGCAGGAGAUACUCCAUCACUCCUACUCAGGAAUACAGAAGAGCACUCUCACUGUGUGAGCCCGGUGUCCCGGGAGAUUACCACACCUAUGGAACAUGAUAAUUUCUUUCACACGCUAUGAGUGCUGCAAAGAUUGUGGAAAACCUGACUGUUUGCUCAACAUGACCAGUUAUAUUGUUGGAGCCUAGUCAAUGUUAGAAUCAUAGAUCACGUCAAUCGUAGUAUUUUCUUUACUCACGCAAUCACUGUAGAGUAUAUUAGUGCAUAAUUACAGGAGCCAAUAACACGGGGCAGAAAUGAAGCCUCUUCUUACUUAUUUCAGCAAAAUAUAGUUUCUUUUUUAUAUAUAAAAAUGACUUAUGCUCUGUAACUAAACAGAAUCAUUUGUGGAUAUGAAUGUGUUUUUUUAUUAUUAUUAUUACUGAAUGAAAAUGUGAUGUUUUGUGUUUACAUUGUUUCAUUUCUUUCUUACCACUAACUGUCUAUAUUUGUCCGAGCAGUAUUCUCACAACAUAACACUGAUGGACGGACACACAUGUUCACACACACUGCCCUCUACUGGGUAACACAUGCUGAUGUAACUGAAGUUGGUACUAAACAUCAAGUUACUAUAUGAGCAGCAUUUUACUUCCAUUGUUGAGCAACUGGUCUGUCAUUAUGUUACCCAGCUGUACUGACUGUAUAAAUCCAUUUUGUACUGCUUAUUACACGGUCAACAUUUGAUGUCAAACUUUUUUAAUAAAUCUGAUCUAAACUAA